AUGCUGUCUACGGUCCAGGAGAUCAUAGGCCUCAGGGCGGCCCAACUCUAUAUCGUUAUCUUCGUUUUUAUUACCGUUUGCUAUUCUGUUAGCUGCCUAUUCUCAUAUUUCCGUCCUCACCUGCGUCAACUCCCCGGCCCCUUCCUGGCCCGCUUCACACGCCUGUACAAGGUGUAUAUAAGCCUGAAGGGAGACUCGCAUAUCGAAUACCAGAAGCUCCACGACAAGUAUGGACCUAUCAUCCGGACUGGACCCAAUGCUGUCUCCAUCGGAGAUGCGGCGAUGAUUCCUGAAGUCUACCUUCAAGGGAGUUUGUAUCAGAAGUCGAGUUAUAUUACUGGCUUCACGUUCACAAUCGACGGGCAGUCGAUGGAGAAUAUAUUCACAAGCCGUGAUGCCGCCCAACACAAGAUCAUGAGGUCGUCAGUCGCGGCCAAGUACUCGUUGUCAUCCAUGCUUCAGCUGGAGCCGCUGUUUGAUAAAUGUAUCCCCCUCUUCGUUGCCCACAUGGACAAACGCGCAGGGACCGCAAUUGACUUUGGAGAAUGGUUGAGCUGGUUUUCGUUCGACUUGACUGGUCUCCUCUCAUUCCAAGAGAUGUUCGGUUUCAUGGACCAAGCUCGGGAUAUCAACGGCGCGAUCGGGGCGGGAUGGGCUACCAUGACCUAUGGAGCUAUAGUUGGACAGUUCCCUGCAGCCCAUAAAUAUCUAUUCGGCAAUCCAACCCUCGUCGGAAUUCUCGAUAGGAUCUGGGAGAAGAACCCGAUCAACAUGAUUCAACAGACUGCGUAUGCUGCAAUGAAGAAGUACGACCUUGAAAAGCCGACGAACAUGCGCGGCGACCUCCUUGAGUACCUGCGUCAGAAGCAACUCAAGGACAGCACGAUCAUGGACGAGAGGGAAAUUAUGAACAAUAUUCUAAUCUUCUUUAUUGGAGCCGUUGAUACCAAUUCCACUGCCCUCCGCGCCAUCUUCUACUACCUUGUCAAGACUCCACGCACAUACGUAACGCUCGUACAGGAGCUUCAGGAUGCGGAUGCGAAGGGUCUCCUAUCGGACGUUCUGUCAUUUCAAGAGGGGCAGAAGCUCCCUUACCUACAAGCCUGUAUCAAAGAAGCGAUGCGGAUGCACCCUACUGUCGGCAGCCCAUUUGAUCGCGUCGUGCCCAAGGGCGGCGCCGUUCUCAACGGCCAGUUCAUUCCCGAAGGCACGGAUAUUGGAAUUACGGGUUGGGUCACACAGCGCGAUAAGGCCGUGUUUGGAGCGGAUGCCGACUUCUUUCGCCCGGAGCGAUGGAUUGAGGUCGAUGAGAUGCAGGUGAGGAGGAUGGAUAAGAAUAUGCUUGCCUUUGGGUUGGGGAAUAGAAGUUGCAUAGGUAAACAUGUUGCAAUGAUGGUUCUCACGAAGACAGUCGGGCAGAUUGUGCGGAAUUUUGAUAUGGAGUGGGCGUCGGAGAAAGAGGAGUGGGAUACCACGUGCAGGAUGCAGGUCCGGCAGACGGGGGUGGUUAUGCGGUUGACGAGGAGGGGGUAG